AAGUCGCAGAUCUCCGAAUUUGUCUUCUCCGAUCAAUUCUUCGGCUUUUUGCGAUUCCCGGCGUUUGAAGUUCCGAUUUUGUUUUCGGUUCAAUUAGGCAGUUGCGUGGAGGUGAAGGGAAGGGAGGAGAGGAAGAGACGGUAAAGAGGAUUUUACGUGAAUACAAAGGUCUUAGGUUUUCGCUUGAUGAGAAUUGGAGGAGAAUGAACGAUGUCGGAACUGCGUAGUGGAGUGCGCAGGGGCCGGGUAGCAGCGAAGAAGAAGCAGCAGCAGCACCAACAGCCGAAUCCGAUUGAGGCAGGAGAGGCGAUUGCCACUAGGACUAGGAGACGUCAAGCGGCUGCGGCGGCGGCUGCAGCAGUUGUUCCGGUGCCAAAGAAUAACGAAGGCAACAGAAACGAAGAGAAUAAGAAACAGCCGCAGCAAGCGGUUGGUGAGAAAUUAGAGGUCCCGGCAGCAGCUGGGGCAUUGAAUGAGGAGAAUCGGAAGAAUAAUAAGGUUUUAGAGGAAGGAGUGAGAAGAGAGAAGGAAGAGGUAGGGGAGAGGCACAUGGACGAGUUUGACAGUGGAGGGAAAGACAAGGUCAAUGCCGGUGAGGAUGAGGGUAGUACGGCACCACUUCCAGAAAGGGUUCAGGUUGGGGGUUCCCCUUUAUACAAACUUGAAAGGAAGCUUGGCAAGGGUGGCUUUGGACAGGUGUAUGUUGGCCGGCGUGUUUCUGUAGAUGGCGAUGGAAUUAGAACUGGCCCUGGUGCUGUAGAGGUUGCUUUGAAAUUUGAGCAUAGAAGUAGCAAAGGAUGUAACUAUGGACCUCCUUGUGAGUGGCAAGUUUACAGCACCCUUGGUGGUAGUCAUGGGAUACCACGAGUACACUUCAAGGGACGGCAAGGUGACUAUUAUAUCAUGGUUAUGGAUAUGCUGGGGCCAAGUUUAUGGGAUGUUUGGAACAAUAAUUCUCACACAAUGUCUGUUGAGAUGGUUGCUUGCAUUGCCAUCGAAGCAAUAUCCAUAUUGGAGAAGAUGCACUCCAAAGGAUAUGUGCAUGGGGAUGUAAAGCCUGAGAAUUUUCUCCUUGGUCCUCCAGGAACUCCUGAUGAGAAGAAAUUGUUUCUUGUUGAUCUUGGAUUAGCUACCAAGUGGCGCGAUGGUUCUGGCACACAUGUUGAAUAUGAUCAGAGACCAGAUGUUUUCAGGGGAACAGUGCGCUAUGCCAGUGUGCAUGCACAUUUAGGGAGAACUGGUGGCAGGAGAGAUGAUCUAGAAUCUCUUGCUUAUACACUCAUUUUCCUUCUUCGAGGUCGUUUGCCAUGGCAAGGAUACCAGGGAGAGAAUAAAGGAUUUCUGGUUUGCAAGAAGAAGAUGGCAACAUCUCCGGAGUCGUUGUGUUGCUUCUGUCCUCAGCCUUUCAGACAGUUUGUUGAAUAUGUUGUGAACCUGAAGUAUGAUGAAAAACCUAAUUACGGAAAAUACAUUUCACUUUUUGAUGGGAUUGUUGGUCUAAAUCCAGAUAUCCGGCCCAUCGACACUGAAGGUGCUCAAAAGCUUAUUUAUCAAGUUGGUCAUAAGAGAGGCCGCUUACCAGCAGACGAGGAGGAAGAAGAUGAACAACCAAAGAAGAAAAUUCGUAUGGGCAUGCCAGCAACCCAAUGGAUUAGUGUUUACAAUGCUCAUAGACCCAUGAAGCAAAGGUAUCACUAUAAUGUUGCAGAUGCAAGGCUUGAGCAGCACAUUGAGAAAGGGUAUGAGGAUGGCUUAUUUAUUAGCUGUGUAGCUUCUUGCCAAAGUCUAUGGGCUCUUAUUAUGGAUGCGGGCACUGGUUUCGCUUCACAAGUCUAUGAACACUCUCCUUGCUUUCUUCACAAGGAAUGGAUAAUGGAGCAAUGGGAAAAGGGCUUUUACAUCAGUUCGAUAGCGGGUGCUCUAAAUGGAAGCUCCUUAGUAGUAAUGUCUAAACCUACGCCGUACUUGCAGCAGUCAUACAAAGUUAGUGAUUCAUUUCCUUUCAAAUGGAUUAAUAAGAAAUGGAGGGAGGGCUUCUUUGUCACCUCUAUGGCCACUUCUGGUAGCAGAUGGGGGGUUGUUAUGUCUCGUGGUGCAGCAUUUUCUGAUCAGGUUGUUGAACUGGACUUCCUUUAUCCUAGUGAAGGCAUUCAUCGUCGAUGGGACAAUGGCUACCGCAUCACAGCUACCGCAGCAACUCCUGAUCAGGCUGCUCUUAUUCUUAGUGUGCCAAGAAGGAAGCCUGUAGAUGAAACACAGGAGACGCUUAGAACUUCAGCUUUUCCCAGUGUGCACGUGAAGGAGAAAUGGGCAAAAAAUCUCUAUAUCGCAUCAAUUUGUUAUGGUCGAACAGUUUCAUGAGCUACUCGUACUUUUGCAUGGCAUUUCCUCAAAGCAGAGGGUAUUGCUGGCCUGCCUACUCUACCCUGUCCAGCCGUUGCUUUGUUGGGGGCACUGUGUAGGCUUAGGGAAAUUUUGAAUGGUACAUGCAUUUAAUUAACAGUAACCAAAGUAUAGAAGCUUUUAGUUGAACCUUUAUGUUCAGUCCUUGCACUAUGUGAAGAGUAUUUCUUUUUCUGGAACCCAAAAUGUUGGGUAUCUAUUCUGUACAGUUUAGUAAAUGUCAUUGUUUUUCAACAUCAUUAUCCCUGUG